AUGUCGGGCGCUUUGGACAUGUCUCUUGAGGAUCUCAUAAAGAAGAACAAGAAACCUGGCGGUGGGAAUUUACGAGGCAGGGGCGGCGGCCGGGGGUCUGGCCCUGGUCCGGAUCGUCGGAUCCCCAACCGAGCGAGCAGCAGGGCUGGUCCUUAUUCCACCGGAAAGGUUAGCGUAGAUCGUAUUUCCAAUUAUGGGGAUGUGUCGACAGGUUUUGCCUGUUUGUUUUGCAUUAAAUAUUUUCUACGAUACAGCUUCUCGAGGUUGGCCACUCAUUCAGGCUUUCAUUCUCAAUGUCCAUCUGAACAGACAGUUCAGGCUCCAGGCUCGACAUGGCAACACGACAUGUUCUCUGAUCCGAUGGUGACUCGUCCGCUUCCAGGAGCAGCAAGGGUUUCAGCUAUAGAAACAGGCACCAAGCUCUAUAUUUCUAACUUGGACUAUGGUGUAUCUAACGACGAUAUCAAGGUGAAUAUCAAGUUUCUCUUUCCAUCUGUGAGUGCUACAGUACAAAUCGCAUCUUCAGUUUGUGGACAUCUUCUGCUCAAUGCAGACAGGAGAGAAUAUUACAAUAAUCUUUACGUGUGCUGUUCUCCGCUUAUUACUAGCUGUGGGUCUGACCCCCAGGUCUUCUGUUUCCAUCUGAAUUUGGUUGUAUUCGUAAGGGCCUUUGAAAUUAAUCGUUAUGGACUUUAUAUUUUUUAUUUGGGUCUCCAUAAUGAUGGGAUUUGCUUAUAAUUCUUUACUCUCUCCAGGAACUCUUCUCAGAGGUCGGUGAUCUGAAACGGUUCUCAAUCCAUUAUGAUAGGAGUGGAAGAUCAAAGGUAUCUUUGGCGACAUCCAGUGGAUGCUAUUUCAUUUCGCUCGGUUUAGUCCUCCAGCUUAGAUUAUAAAAGCACUUACAGGGAACGGCUGAAGUAGUCUUUUCAAGAAGAGCCGAUGCUGUAGCUGCCGUGAAAAGGUACAACAAUGUGCAGCUCGAUGGGAAGCCAAUGAAGAUAGAUAUCGUUGGCACAAAUGUUAUGACACCUGCUAUUCCUGUGCCACAAAUUUCCAAUGGUCUGAUUGGAAAUCCUAACGGUGUGCUGAGAAGGUUUGUUUCUACCAAAUACUGAUUUUUUCUCUUUAUCUGGGCACAUCUGAAUAUUCUUUUAUGAUCCAGUGCAUUUUUAUGUUGUUAUGAACUGUAUUCGUACUAUUAAAUCAAUAAGUAAUGAUGGAAGCAUAACUGUUUUGUAUAAUGUCAGCCAGCCUCCCUCUUUUUCUUGUGUGACACGAGAGGUUUCGUUUUCACCUAUCGUAUGAGGUUUUUCUGAUCAUCUCCGGCCAUGAGAAAUAUGUUUUUUUCCUGCUGCUAUGUUUUUUAAAUUAAUGCAUACUGUGGGUAUCAAAUAAGUAGUGUGGGCAUAAUGGUUGUAUGUUUGAACCAGCUGUAUACAGCAUUCCUAUAAUCCGACCUAUUACAAACGUGGAAAUAUUUCUGAGAUCUUUAGGAUUAAGUUUAAAUUUUUUUCUUGAAGUUGGUGUAGAUAUAUGCAUAACUUUUUUGUAGCUCGCUAACUGUUUAACUUGUUUCACGUGUGUGUUUGUUCCCCAAAUGUCUUGGUAAGUUUGACUUGGAUUUUUUUGAAAGAAAUUUAUUUUCACAAGUGAGGAUAUAUGAAGAUAAUGCUAUGUGCUUUCAGUUGGUCUUGAACUUACUGUUGUAAUUUCUCAGAAGCCGAAACAAUGUGGCGAGAUAUUUGGGAAAUAAUAGGGGAAAUGAAGAAACAAGCAAGUCCCACUUUUGAUCGUGAAAUGUCAACCAAAAGUGUCGAUAAUAUGUUUCAUUUGGUCAUUUGAUGCCCGAGAAAUUGUGUACAUAUGAUUUAUUUUUGGUUUAAACUUGCAUAUUUAGUUAUUAAAAGUAUCGCCAUUAAAGGAAUACUUCGAGAUUACUCGUGCUGACAUUUUAGUAGAUGAUUCCUCAUUUGGGAAGGAAGAGCAGGGGUUUGUUAAUUUUUAUGAUUGGCUUUGCUUAUCAUCCUAAUGUUCUUGGAACAGUGCACCUGUAAGGAGUGGCCCUGUUGGAUGGUCUCGAGGUGGUGGGCGUGGACGCGGAAGAGGCGGUCGCAGGCCAGGAAGGGGCCCAGGUGGCCAAGUAUCUGCCGCAGAUCUUGAUGCUGAGUUGGACAAAUACCACACUGAAGCAAUGCAGACCAACUGA